AUGCGUCAAAACAGGCAUGAAAACAGAGUAAGACAAGCAAGGUUGAAAAGGACAAUGCAGCAGGAUACAUAUCAAAUCAUGAACGAACAAAUCUUAAGAGAACUAGCAGAGGUUAGAGAAAUGAUGACAGCGGGAAGAGAUGGUAGUAGGAGACAAUUGGAUGAAGCAAUAGAAGAAGCGGGAAAAACACCAUUUGCAAGACAAAUACAACUUGCAGUAGUACCACCAAAAUGUAGCCUACCUGUACUUACUAAUAUCUUUGAUGGAAGCACAUGUGUAGUGCAGCAUGUAAGGACUUAUAGUCGAUCCUUAUUACAGUGGGAAGAAAAUGAUGCGGUGUUAUGUAAAUAUUUCCCAGCGAGCCUGACAGGGGAAGCCUUGCAAUGGUUUGAAGGAUUUCCAAUAGUAACUAUUCGAUCAUUUCAUCACUUAAAAAAUAUCUUAUUAGGGAAAUACAUCAGAAAUAACAAGCUAAUACCAGGUAUCGAAAAAGUGUUCAGCUUACGAAGAAGGAUCAAUAAGAGCUUACGUAGUUUAACCACGCGUAGGAGGAGUAUGUGUAGCGAAAUGGCUGGACGAGUAGAUGAUAGAAACCUUAUACUAGCCUUCAUCAAUGCACUUUUCCCUACAAAUUUAUUGUAUACGUUGAUCUUCAGGACAAAAGAUAAAAUAACCAUGGCGGAGUUACGCGAGUUCCAAGAAGAAUACAUAGCUCUUGAAGAAAAACAAAGAUAA